AUGCUGCCCCAGGGGGAGUGCGGCUACCGUGGCGCUCUUCCCUACUGGGACGAGCAGAGAGACCUCGAGGUUUAUGGGACAAUAGAUCAGGCCCCGAUCUGGGGAUCUGAUGAGUACAGCUUCGGAACCAACGGGUUGAACAUCACCAACGGGACCAACUGCGUUAUCGACGGUGCUUUCGCCAACACGACGCUCCGCAUGGACCAGGUCUGGGGCGUGGACUACUACGAUGAGUACUGCCUGGCCCGCGAGUGGAACCAGACCGCCUGGGAGUUUGCAAACCAAUCAUACGUCGAUACGUGCUUUGCCAUGACCACUUACAACGAAGCCAACUUUUGCUACGUGGACUCACCGUACUCGUGUGGGCACUUGGCCACUGGUGGAACUAUGGAGAACCAAAACGCGAGCCCGGGAGACCCUGUCUUCUUCCUUCAUCACGCCAGCCUCGACCGCCUGUGGCAGAAGUGGCAGGAGGCAAAUCUAACAGCGCGCCUGACGGACAUGAGUGGCCAGCUUGUCCCACCUGUGACCAUCAUGGAGCAGAACCGGUGGCUGUACCCAUCUGCUGCCUACCUCGACUACGACGGGGACGCAGGCAACGACACGACCCUCAACCAUGUGCUCUGGAUGGGAGGUAUUAUCGCCAAACACACCAUCGCUGAGGUCAUGAACCUUAAAGGAGACUCGAUCUGUGCCGAAUACAUAGACGCCGAGUAG